AUGAAAACUUUAACACUGAGUUUUUCCAUCAUAGUAAUAACAGAGUUUGUCCUCGGAAAUUUUGCCAAUGGUUUCAUAGCACUGGUGAACUGUAUUGACUGGGCCAAGAGAAAAAAGAUCUCUUCAGCUGAUGGAAUUCUCACUGCUCUGGUGGUCUCCAGAAUUGGUUUGCUCUGGAUUAUAUUAAUAAAUUGGUAUUUAACUGUGCUUAAUCCAGCUUUAUGUAGUUUAAAAGUGAGAAUUAUUGUUCAUAUUGCCUGGGCAAUAAGCAACCAUUAUAACAUCUGGCUUGCUACUAGCCUCAGCAUAUUUUAUUUGUUCAAGAUAGCCAAUUUCUCCAGCCUAGUUUUUCUUCAUCUAAAGAGGAGAGUUAAGCAUGUACUUUUCAUGAUACUUCUGGGAGCUUCGUUCUUCUUGGCUUUUCAAGUUGCAGUGGUGAGCUUAAAAGACAGUAUCCAGAGAAAUGAAUAUGGAGGAAACAUCACUCAGAAAACCAAAUUGAGGGACAUUUUACAGCUUUCACAUGUGACUCUGAUCACUCUAGCAAAUCUCAUACCCUUUACUAUGUCCUUGAUAUCUUUUCUGCUGCUAAUCUUUUCCCUGUGGAAACAUCUCAAGAAGAUGAAGUGCAAUGGCAAAGGAUCCCAAAAUCCCAGCACCAAGGUCCAUAUAAAAGCCAUGCAAACUGUGAUCUCCUUUCUUUUGCUAUUUGCCAUUUACUUCCUGACUUUAAUUAGUUCUGUUUGGAGUUCCAAGAGACAGCAGAACGAACAGGUCCUCUUGCUUUUGCAGGCCUUUGGAAUCCUCCAUCCUUCAGUCCACUCAUUUAUACUGAUUUGGGCAAACAGGAAGUUAACAAAAGCCUUUCUGCCCUUUCUGUGGCCACUGAAGUGCUGGCUGAAAGAAAGGAAAUAAGGGGCCAUCUUGUGUCUUCCAGUGAAAAAUAAACUGAUGGUGAUUUUAACAUUU